AUGGCGUUAAAUUCGGAUUAUAUAAAUUUGAGGUACAAUAACUUUGAAGGGAAGUUGUCGGAGGAACAGUUUUAUAAAGAGAUGGACGCGAUUUUCUUGAAUAAUAAUCGCUUCUCUUCGACCAUCCCGGAAAGUAUGGGGAAUUCCUCGGCGUCUGUUGUGGUGUUGGCUAACAACAACUUCAAAGGGUGCAUUCCCAGCAGCGUUGGGAGAAUGGCGAAUUUGAGGGAAAUUGUGUUGUUGAACAAUGAUCUUGUGGGGUGUAUGCCGCCGGAGAUUGGGAAGCUGCAAAAUGUGACGGUUUUCAGUGGUGCUGGGAAUAAGUUUUCUGGGAUUUUGCCUAAGGGGUUUAGUGGGCUCGAGAAGGUUGUGGAAUUGGAUGUUUCUGGGAUUGUUUUGACUGGGUUUGUCCCGGAGGAGAUUUGUAGACUGCAGAAUUUGAAAAAUUUUAGGUUUUAGUAUAAU